AUGAAGCUGAAGCCUUCAACUAAAACAAUGGACGAACCAGAUAAAUUGUGGAGCGACCAAAGUUCUGGGUCCAAUUAUCCCUACACUUUAACAAAUGAUUUGAUCGGUAUUUUCAACGUUCAGGGUAUUGAUAAAACAACCCUUCAAUUAUGUUUCAAAUUAAUCGAUCAAGGUAUUGAUCCACAAAGUUUGGCUACAGCAAUUCUCAAGAUACAAGACGAGACAAGGUCAGUGAUACCUUGA